AUGCUGGGUCAAGCCCUGGAAAACAGAGAAAUGCCGUUCCAACAAUCCACAAAUCUCUCGCAAACUCCUCUCCUCCUUCCCAAGCCGCUGGUCCCUUCGUUGCCUUCUUCAGCCAGCUCCCGCCGCGAUUUCCUCGCUCCUCGAGGGUUUCGAUCAUUCGCCGGAGCUUCUCCCCCGACCUUCGGGAGGGUUUUUCCCUUCAGCUUCAGUCUCGUCGGAGAGACCUCGGCCUUUAUCGGCUCACAUUUCGACUGCAAGGAAACCCUAGAGGCACUCGUGUUUAAGGUCGAUCUCCUAGAGCUUAAGAGGGAGGAGAUGAAAGGGGAGGUGGAGGAAGGUAGAUUGCUUCGGAUCAGUGGGGAAAGUAAGCCGGAGAAUGAGGAGAAGACUGAUACCUAG